AUGGAUUUGAGUCCAACAAAACUUGAUUACUACCAUGACAUGUGGAAACUCCAAUCCAGAGCCACCCUCCUCUCCUUCUGCAAGGGAGAAGAUGGUAGAAAUGCUUUGAUUUUAGACUCAACAAUCUUUCAUCCUCAAGGUGGAGGCCAGCCAGCUGACACUGGAGUCAUCGCCAUUGCUGCUGAUUCCAGUUUCAAGUUUAUCGUCCAAGAUGUUCGAUCCAAGGAUGGAAUUGUCUAUCAUUAUGGAGUUAUUGAGGAGGAUUCUGGUAAGGAUUUUGAAAUGGAAGUUGUAAAAGGGAGAGAAGUUUUGUUGUUUGUUGAUGAGGCGAGGCGAAAACUGAAUUCAAGGCUGCACUCAGCUGGGCAUUUGUUGGAUGCAUGCCUGGAAGAUGUGGGAUUUAGACAUUUGGAGCCUGGAAAGGCUUACCAUUUUCCUAAUGGGCCAUUUGUUGAAUAUAAAGGCACAAUCCCUCAGAAUGAAUUGCAGAGUAAGCAAAAUGAAUUACAACUAGCAGCAAAUGCAUUAAUAUCCAGGGGAGGCAAAGUUUCUGCUGCUGUAUUGCCUUACGAAGAAGCUGCUGAUUUAUGUGGUGGUUUCCUUCCUGAUUACAUACCAAAGGGGAGCAAUCCUCGUGUGGUGAAGUUAGGGAACAACACCGUUUGCUGUGGUGGUACCCAUGUUUCUGAUAUUUCAGAGAUUAUAAGUUUGCAGGUUUCUCAAAUUCGGACAAAGAAGGGAGUGACAAAAGUUUUUUACACUGUUGGAUCUUAG